CUGUUUCUAAGAAACCAUCUCCUUUCAAAAUUCCAUUUCUGGAUUUAUUUUGUUUUGUUUUGAUUAAAAAAGGCAAAACAGACUUCCUUUUAAGCUAGGCGCCUGGGAGGUGGGGCCCACGCGGAGUCAACAUGAGGAUCGAGAAAUGUUACUUCUGUUCCGGGCCGAUCUACCCUGGCCACGGCAUGAUGUUCGUCCGCAACGACUGCAAGGUGUUCCGAUUUUGCAAAUCCAAGUGUCAUAGAAACUUCAAGAAGAAGCGGAAUCCACGCAAGGUCAGGUGGACUGAAGCCUUCCGGAAGGCAGCUGGCAAGGAGCUCACGGUGGACAACUCAUUUGAAUUUGAAAAACGUAGAAACGAACCUGUGAAGUAUCAGCGAGAGCUGUGGAAUAAAACUAUUGAUGCAAUGAAGAGGGUUGAAGAGAUCAAACAGAAAUGGCAGGCCAAGUUUAUAAUGAACAGGUUGAAGAAAAACAAAGAGCUACAGAAGGUUCAGGAUAUCAAAGAAGUCAAACAGAACAUCCAUCUUAUCCGGGCUCCUCUUGCAGGCAAAGGAAAGCAGCUGGAGGAAAAAAUGGUACAGCAGUUACAGGAGGAUGUGGACACAGAGGGCACUUCCUAA